CCCUGGGGCGGGCCCUUGUGCGGGCGCGGCGGGGCCGCCAUGCCGGGCCGCCUGCUGCGGGGCCUGGAGCAGUGGUGGCGUCGUUACAAGUACCGCUUCGUACCUUGGAUCGCGCUGAACCUAAGCCGCAACCCCAGGACCCUCCGAUAUGUUCCAGAGGAAUUUAAAGACAAGGUUAUCUCAGAUGAAGAUGUCCUAGAAACGUUACUGAAAGUUUUCCAGGCUCUGUUCAUGAAUGAUUUCAAUAAACAAUCAGAUAUCUUGGCUGUGCUUCCAGAACCUGUUCAGUCGAAAUACCAAGACCUACUGUCAGUUCAACAUGCAAGGGCGAACCUGCCUGAAUGCAGAAAUCACCAGAAAGUCAUCUUUAAACCAGAAGAAAUUCUUUAUAAGACACUGGGCUUCAGUGUUGCCCGAGCGACUAGCUCGUUGGUCUCUGCUGGGAGAGGUGUCUUUGUUACUAAAGGAUCGGUACCAAAAGGCGCGGUUGUGUCCAUGUAUCCUGGUACAGUAUAUCAGAAAUAUGAGCCAAUCUUUUUCCAGUCUAUUGGAAAUCCAUUUAUUUUUAGAUGCUUGGAUGGCAUACUCAUUGAUGGAAAUGACAAAGGAAUAUCCAAAGUCGUGUACAGAUCCUGCACUGGAAGGGACCGACUUGGCCCUUUAAAAAUGAGCGACAGCACGUGGCUCACGUCGGACACUCAGAACCCUCUGGCUGUGGGGCAGUAUGUCAACAACUGCUCCAAUGACAGGCCGGCCAACGUCUGUUACCAGGAGCUGGACGUGCCUGCGGCCUUCCCGGCGGAGCUGAAGCAGUACCUCCCGAAUGUCGCCUACGGCUGCGGCGAACAAAGGCCCCUCCGGUGCGUGGUCCUCGUCGCGCUGCGGGACAUCGGGCGGGGCGAGGAGCUUUUCUCCAACUACUACACGGUCGUCCGCUGACUCUCGGCGGGAGGAGCCGCGCUUCCUGCUCGGCCGCAGACUCGGCGCUUUAUGAGCCACGCUCAAGCGCCGCUGUGGAACACAUGUUUUGAGAUCUAAUCGGAGUGGGGACUUUUAAUUUUUAUUGGUAUUUAUGUUUCAAGUCUACGAUAAAAGCCAUUUGCUGCAUCACAAUUUCAGAUUCCAGCGAUUGCCAGUUUUCAUUUUCUCCCAAGUACGCGGCAGCGUGUGGCAUGAAAGCCCGCUGCCCGGACGGACAGUGCCAGUCUCCCUCCCGCUGCUUCAGCGUGUCUCGUGGUGCCUUACAAAGUUUCAGCCCGGUCGCCAGCAACUUUUACUGCUGCUGUGUGUGGACUUGUGUGGAAACUUCCCUUUUGCAAAAUAAACUGGAGCUAAAC